AUGCACAAUCAUGCUUCAAGCCUUCUCAAUACCGUUAUCAAACGAAGCAAGGAAAUACCAGAAUCGUUUGAACCAGACCAGACGUCCGUCGAACAGAAGAAGUAUGUUGGGCUUCACUUGAACUCCGGCCGCCUUGGAAAUCAGAUGUUCCACCUGUUUUCCGGAUAUGGCAUUGCUAAGACCAUCAACAGGAUACAUUACUUGCCAUUCGAGCGGCACAGAGCGCACGUCGAGAAGCACCUAACUUACUUAGAAAGAGUUUUUCCUCUUUUGAAUAAAACCUAUGUUCUUGCGAAGAAGGGAACCAAGCAAAGGGUUGUAAAAUUUGCGAAAAAGUUUGAUGCUUAUGCUGAUCCAUCAAGGCUGGAAAAUUAUACCGAUCAGUAUUUGUUGCUGGACUUUACUCUUGCCCAGAACGUCAGGUAUUUUGAGGACUAUAUUGCUGAGAUACGCGCUGUUCUGCAAUUCUCAGAAGAGAUGAAAUCAAAUGGAAGCGUCAUAACACAUUCUUUGCAGAGGCAUUCUGACUCAAUGUGCAUACACAUCCGAACGACGGACUUCAUUAGUCAUAAAUGGCACACCGACGUGAUCAAAACUGUCAAAGCUGUUAAUGCACUAGCUAAGAAGAAGAAUAUGUCACAUUUUUUGCUUUUUGGAGAUGAUCAGCAAGUCAUGAUCAAUAUGUCUCAACUUAUCAUAAGAGAUGGUGGAUGGAAGAACGAUGCUGUGAUUGUUUCGAAUUAUCAAGAGGCUAUGGACCUGUAUUUGUCAUCCCAAAUCUGUCGAUCUUUUUUGAUAUCUGCACCUGUUUCAACAUUUGGCUGGUGGCUUGCUUUCUUUGCGAAAGAUCAAAGUGCUGUUUAUUACUUCAAAGAUACCCGACCGAAAGUGUAUUACAAGCGUCGAAAAGAAUACUUCAUGUAA